AUGAUUAUUCCAAGUAGAAAUUAUACAGCACCCAUUGGUUUAAAAAUUGAUGGAGCCAAAAAAUUCGUCAAUUCUGCUAUGGGAUGUAAAAUUUAUUCGUUGAAGGUUUCAUUGGACAAACCUUACUACAGAGGAAAUACUUCUGAUAGAACAGAUAUUCAAAACAUUUACUUUGGAUAUCGUGCUAGAUACAGAACAUUGGAUAAUAGAUGUAUCGGUGUUGGUUCUGGUUGGGGUUUGUAUCCUUAUGCUGACGGUGCUGAAAGUGUUUGCAAUUGUUCAAUGAUAUUCACAGUGUUUCAUACAGGAUUUGGAUUCUUGGAUAAUUCAACAAUUCCUGAUCAAUAUUAUCCUUUGACAAUUAGUAUCACACCAAGUUUCAAGAAUUACAAAAAUGACCCAUAUUACUAUUGCACUGUUGACUCAAUUUCUUGUUCGAAACAAUACUGCACAUGCACAAAAGAAGGAGGCAAUAAUUUUGACGAAAGUCAUUUUUAUUUCCCUCCAGUGAAUCCAUCAACUAGGAGUGUUUCAUUAGCUUUUACGAUUUCACAAAAUAUUUAUUUAACUAUAGUUUUAUUGAUUUUCUUCAUUUUGUAUUUAGAAUAA